CCGGUCGAAGAACCAGUGACUGAGUGACCGUCUUCAACCCGUGCGACGUAAGUGCCGUGCCGUGGAGUGCCAGUGAUCGUAACCACCGCAGUGACGGAACCAGUGAUUCAUCUAAGUUAUAAAAUAUCGAGUGAGCGACAGGGUAUGCCCAUGCCUAAAAAUACGCCCGCGUUUCGCACCAAAUCCGGACGGGCGGCGUGCGUGCGUGCGUGCGGAAAUAGCAGCGCCUUGUAUAGUGCCCCGGAUUGCGUUACAAACGCAAGUUUCACAUGUGAAAAAUCUCACCGAAAAUCGUGUUAAUUUACUCCACCUGUCACACACAGCCUUGGUUUACAGAUAACACUAGAAACUUAUUACACUUACCUGUACACAAGUUAUAACAAUUGUUUGAAAUAAUAAUUUGGUACCUAUCUUCUCUUAAAUGAAGAAGUUCAUAUGGCUUGAUUUUGUUGUGUUAAAGUGUGUGUAAAAUUUCUGCAUCAAACAAAUGUGCGUGAAAUACAUAAGAAAUAAGCAUAAAAUCGUGUUGUUAGUGACAUAAAAAUAUUUAAGACAUAAAGGUUCAUUUUAACUAGUUAGGUACGGAUUUCGUCCGCCCAGGUAUUAUAAGUCUACUCUAGGUAUAGAGGGGUGGUUUCAAAAACACAAACAGUGAGUAGUGAACACAAGCAUGCACAUAAUGUUAUGUAGUAAGUGUAGUUUGCGUCUCAAAAACCACAAAACGAUUUCAACUAAAAAAUAGAAAAUCUAACAAAUAUAUGUAGCGCUAAAAUUUGUACAUACACGAUCAAACUUUCUAAUUGACAACACGGUAUUGAAUAUAGAACUCAUACUUUCAUCCGUAAAAUAAGUUUAUAACUUUUCUUACAAGUUAGCAACAGAAAAUUCAAAUAAAGUCAGUCCACAUACAGUUAUUCAAAUUUAUAAAAUAUAUUGUAGACUUUGUAGUUGACCGUACAGCGAGUCAACGUUGCUGGAUGCAGUUUGACAACGACAGCACCAUUAUUGCGUAGCAAUAACAAUUGUCAUAAUAUCGACCGUAGAUUAAUAAGGAAAGAGUAAAAUUAAAACCAAUAAAUAUACAUCUUGAAAAGCAUCUUUCUUUAUGUAAAACAAUCUGUCAAUUUACCUACUUAAAAAACUUAGAAAUUUUUUCGAUGACAAUAAAGCCCUUGAAAUUUCUCCCUUAUACGAACCCGUGCGUUCCAAUUCUAUUAAAAUAUACGCGAGCGCAAGAAAUCCGAGUCCUGGGCGUUCGGUCGGUCGCGGAAUCCAUUUUUACGCUUUCUUUGAACCGCUGCCAGAACUACGUAGGUGUGUUGGAUGGCACGAAAGCUAAGACCGCCGAAAAUAAAACGCGACUUCAUAAACAAUAUGCUGGUUUCCCGCGUUCCCGCCCACGCGAAUCUCGCGCUUUGGCAACUGGGAGAUAGGUUGCAGCGUAACUCGACACGAUCGAUCGAUACAUUAAUGAUUGACGAAUGAAAUAUUGGCGCUCGAAUCGUCAACAAACAUUGAUUGGAAUCUAUAAUCUUCUGAGACAUAACGGAUACAAACCUUAUAUUUACAGUUAAAUAAGCAAUUAACAAAAUGAAUAACAAACUACCAACAUGUCUGACGAGGAAGAAUAUUCUGGCUCCGAGGAGGAGGAAGUUGAAGAAGAAGUCCAGGAGACGGGUGAGGGAGAUCCAGAAUUUAUCAAGCGUCAAGACCAGAAGCGGUCGGACUUAGACGAGCAGCUGAAGGAAUACAUCAACGAAUGGCGCAAACAACGGGCCAAGGAGGAGGACGAGCUCAAACGCCUCAAAGAGAAGCAGGCUAAGCGCAAGGUAUCUCGCGCUGAGGAAGAGAAGCGCCUCGCCCAGAAGAAGAAGGAGGAGGAAGAGAGGAGAGUGCGCGAGGUUGAGGAGAAGAAACAGCGCGACAUCGAGGAGAAGAGACAACGGCUCGAGGAGGCCGAGAAGAAGCGCCAGGCCAUGCUCCAGGCUAUGAAGGACAACGCUCAAUUGGAACGAAACAAGACCAAGGAACAGUUGGAAGAAGAAAAGAAGAUCUCCCUCUCUAUCCGCAUCAAGCCCCUGAACAUUGACAAUCUCUCCGUCGACAAGCUCAGAAUAAAGGCCCAAGAACUGUGGGAAUGCAUCGUCAAACUCGAGACAGAGAAAUACGAUCUUGAGGAAAGGCAAAAGAGGCAGGACUACGACCCCAAAAUCCAAGUCGCAUCCAAAUAUGAGCGACGUGUGGACACACGGUCAUACGACGACAAGAAGAAAUUAUUCGAGGGUGACCUUGAGAAACUGAACAAGGACUUCAUCGAGAAGGUGUGGCAAGAGAGGGCCGACCAGUUCGGCGGCAGGCAAAAGGCGAGACUGCCCAAGUGGUUCGGUGAGCGGCCGGGCAAGAAGAAGGGCGAGCCGGAGUCGCCCGAAGGCGAGGAGGAACUCAAGGCUGAGCCCGAAGAGGAAGAGCCCGUAUAUGAACCCGAGCCAGAGGAAGAGGAAGAAGAAGUCGUAGAAGAGGAGGAGGAGGAAGAGGAAGAAGAGGAGGAGGAGGAGGAAGAGGAGGAGGAAUAAAUGUAAGGUAUCACUCAAACGGGGAAGCUAGACAGCCGACACGGACCAGAUGCGUCGGAGUAUCCCGUCUUGUAACCAAUCCAUUAACUUAUUAUAAAUUAUUUUUACUAUUUAUACUGUUGAAAAGCUCGUUACGGACACAUGGACUUUGCACUCGCAUACACUCGCGUCACGAACAACUGUGGCCACGCAAUAAACUAAUUUAUUUCAUAAGACUGUAGACUCAUUUUUCUUUACCCCCAC